AUGUCGUUCGAUGCGUCCAGUACACCCCCCAAUAAUUCCGACUCCCGAGCCAGGCUCCUCAAUGCAUCAUGUCUAGAUUUCUUGCUCAUUGAGUUAGUGCCAAUGGCUGAGCGAAUAGCCAAAGAUCUCGCGGCGGAAGAUAGAUUACUCGAUGAUGAGGAAACGAAUGAAACGGCGUUUUUCCGCCUCGAGUCACUAGGCUAUAGGGUUGGGCAAGGACUUGCGGAAAGAUUCUCCCGAGAUCGACCGCGUUUCACGGAUAAUCUAGACGUCAUCAAGUUCCUUUGCAAGGAUUUAUGGAUGACAUUGUUCAAGAAACAAAUUGAUAAUCUAAAGACGAACCAUCGCGGUGUAUAUGUCUUGACGGACAACUCCUUUCGCCCUUUCGCGAGAAUGAGCAUGUCCAUCAGAAGUGAGGCCGUAUCAAUGGCGCAGGCGUAUUUAUGGUUUCCUUGUGGUGUCAUUCGUGGUGCAUUGUCAAACCUGGGCAUAUAUGCAACGGUUCAGGCUGAAACCACUGAGCUCCCCGGCGCAACUUUUCAGAUAAAAGCAAUCAACAAAUCUUAA